AUGAAAGAAGUGGCAUCUAUAAUGAUUUCAAGCGACCAGGAUAAAUUUAUCAAGACCCGCCUUUCUCGUAUCUCAGAUAGAUCAACUACAGUUGAAACUGUAUCACAGUCUUCAUUUAUCUUGCAAAAAUCUUGUUCUUACUCUGGGCCUCACCCAGUCUCAUUGCAAAUAUGAAACUCAGACAAGCCUAGGCACUCCCAAUUUAAGUCUGACCCUCUCUAUAGAUUCCCCAUCUUAAAUGACCCUCGGUCUAUCUAUAGAGUGGCUGACUCCUGAAUUUUAAUCUCAAAAGAAGACUGCACAUUUAUAGACGAAGUCGAUAUAAAGAGCACGUUAAAAAACUUGCAGGCAAUAAGUCCUUUUAAAAGAGGAAAUUACGACGAAAUCAUCAAUGAUAUUCAAUUGUUUGCAAUUGACGAAACAUUUGCAGAGGAAACCAAAAAAGUCAACCAGGAAUUAUUUUCAGAUCAAUUUUCCAACGAAUCGGCGACCCCAACCAAAAAAAUUGGUAUAAAGCUGCCGAAAAAAGAAGAUAUGUGGAAAAUUAAUAACUUCGACCAAGAAAUAAUUCAAUAUAACCCUCAUACAACUCCUGCGUCAUCUAUUGAGUUUUAUUCCGGCACAAAUAUUGUGCAAACAAUAGAAAAUACGAUAGAUUUGACUAAUGAUUUUGAAAAUCCAAAAAAAAUAAUUGACCCGAGAAGUAGUAUUUCUAGCAUAAGCAGCGGAUCAAAUUUGGCUCAAUAAAUUUUCUUAUGGAAAUGUCGCCUGAAACACUAUUUUAUCAUAAAUUAUUUUAGUGAGACAAUUGCCUUUAUAAUGCUAACUCCCCCCCCCCCCUCCGUGAGCGAACAAAAAAAUUUUGUUCGCUCACGGAGGGGGGUUAAUUUUUUUUUUUAAAAAAAAUUUAUAUAUAAAUUUUAUAAAAAAUAUUUUUUUCGAAAUUUAAAAAAAUCCUAAUUUGCAAAAAUUGGGAAGCAAAUAUUAAUUUAAUUUGCAAAAUUUAUGUGUUUUAAAACGCAAUUUGUUUAAAAUUAAACAGAAUUAGCUCUAGAUUUCAUUAUACUAAUUAUCACUUAUAUAUCAAAAUUUUUUUUCCAUUAAAAUUUUUUCUAUUAAAAAAAUUUUUGUUCAGUCACGGAGGGUGGGUUUUUGGUCAAAAAAAUGGCGAUUUUUCUAAUGGUUUUGUUCGCUCACGGAGGGGGGGGGGGGGGUAGUAGUAAAAAAAACCAAUCAAAUAGCUAAAGGGUUUUUGGAAAAAUUUUCGGUCAACUGCGGAUCAAAUUUAUACCAAUCAGAAGAGUUUCAAAAAGAUUUUAAUGAAUCCGAUUUUGAUUUAAAACGAAAAAAUAACGUGAUUAGCUCUAUAAGCGAAGAAGACUGUUAUCAGAUUUCAAGCAGCGAGGAAGCUGACAUGUCCAAUAAUUUGCCUUCACAUAUGGCAGAAUUACUACCAGAAAAUUCUGAAGAAAUGUCGAAAAAUUUGUUUAAUUCUAGAUAUGCACUUUCUGGAUUAAAAAUAAAUCCAGCAACGCUGAGAUCAUCAUGCUCGUCAAGCAAUGGGUCGACAAUUUCUGCUGAUGAAGGAUCGAUACAUAUAACGAAUAGAGUGUUUCUGCAGGACUGUGGGGCGACAAAGCAGGUUAUGAAAGGUAUGUAAAUCUUUUUAAAGCGGAUAUAGGAAUAAUAAAUAUUUAUUAUAUAAAUAUAGGGAUUCAUAGAAAAAUGGCUUAUACUAAAUAGGAUAACCAAGAAAUGGAAUUUUCUAUUAUUUUUAUAAAAAUUAAUUCAUUGAAAAUAAUAUGCUUCCAACCCACAAUUUUUGCAAAAAUACCACCAAAAAAUUUAACUAAUUCCGAUUUACGUUUAUCUGGACAAGAAAUAUCAUUUGGCCAAGAAACCGAAAAUAUCGAAUUUCCUGACAAUUUUUCCCCUCUCUAUAAAAAAAUCGUCAUCUGUGAGCUAGACGAAGACGACCGGUACAAAAGGCUUGAAAUUGUUAGCUCAUGCACUUGUGCAGGAUUUUUAUCAGUCCCCCAGCUUGAAUUCACUAAUAUUGAAGGAAAAUCCAAAGCUUUUAUAUCAUUUCAGUCUGAAAAGCCUCAAGUUUUGACUUCUUUGCUAGCUCCUGAAAUAUUAGGAAGCUUUAUAUCAACCCCUGUCAGCUGGAUAACAUGCGGUUUUGAACAUUGCUGCCUGGUCACUGCUUUAGGCUCUGUUAUGAGCUGAGGAUAUGGAGCAUCAGGCUGUUUAGGCCACGGGAACACAAAUUCCUAUAUAUUCCCUACCCUUAUUACAGACCUAGCAAAUAAAACUAUUGUUUAUAUGGAAUCAGGAGCAUAUCAUAAUGCAGCCAUUUCUUCUGAAGGAGAGCUUUUUGUAUGGGGACGAGGUGAUGUUAAUCAGCUUGGGAUAGGCACAAGAGCCCUUUCAAAAGAUGAGCUUGGGUAUGUUGCUUUAAGACCACUGAGGAAUGAUUAUUUUUUUAAAAAUGAUAUAAAGGUUAAAGGAAUUGCAUGUGGAGAAGCCCAUACGUUGGUUCUUGACUCAUCAGGAGCUGUUUAUUCAUUUGGAUGGGCAGAGUUUGGGCAGCUAGGUUUACCAUUAAAUGAAGUCAAAAAUAGCUCCAUGGCCAAUACAUGCAAAAAAAUACUAGCCCUUAAAAAUCAAAAAAUUAUAAAUUUUGGCUUGGUAAAUAGAGACUUAAUUUGUUUUUUUAAAAUAAUAAAUAAAUCAAUUUUUUAAGAGAAAUUUAUUGGAAAAAGAAUAAAAAUUGGGGCUGGAUCAAUUUUUUCAGCAGCUCUCAGUGAGUAUGGGCAGCUUUUCACAUGGGGGAAUGGAGAGCAAGGCCAGCUAGGGCUUGGAAAUAAUAUAAAAUCAUCCCAAUUCCCAGUCACAGUUGAUAUUUUAGAUGAAUUUAUCAUCGAUUUUAUUUGUGGAGAAUAUAACGUCAUCUGCUUAUCAGAGUCUAAAAAGCUCUACGGUUGGGGUCAAGGAGUAGCCGGGAUUUUCCAAAAUAUGCAAGAAAGUUAUCCUGUGGGCUCAGAACUGAUAUGCUAUGUUCCAAGGCUAUUAGCAGAAGUAGAAAUAGCCCAUAGAUUUAUUAUUUCAAAAAGAAGCUACUAUCCAAAGCUUCACCAAAAAGGAUUUUUAUCUCAGAGUCUGCUUGAUGAUAGUGAUAGCAUUGUAUAA